AUGUCCACGCCCACAGACCCUGGCGCGAUGCCCCAUCCAGGGCCCUCGCCAGGGCCCGGACCCUCUCCUGGACCAAUUCUUGGACCUAGUCCAGGACCCGGACCAUCCCCAGGUUCUGUCCACAGUAUGAUGGGGCCGAGUCCCGGACCUCCCAGUGUCUCACACCCUAUGCCAACAAUGGGGUCUGCCGACUUCCCGCAGGAAGGCAUACAUCAAAUGCAUAAGCCCAUCGAUGGUAUGCACGACAAGGGGAUUGUAGAAGAUAUCCAUUGUGGAUCCAUGAAGGGCACCGGUAUGCGGCCACCGCACCCAGGCAUGGGUCCUCCCCAGAGUCCGAUGGAUCAACACAGCCAAGGCUACAUGUCGCCGCACCCGUCUCCGCUGGGAGCCCCAGAGCACGUCUCCAGUCCUAUGUCGGGGGGCGGCCCGACCCCACCCCAGAUGCCGCCCAGCCAGCCGGGGCCCCUCCUGUCGGGCGAUCCGCAGGCGAUGAGCCAGCCCAACAGAGGUCCCUCGCCUUUCAGCCCCGUCCAGCUGCAUCAGCUGCGAGCUCAGAUUUUAGCUUACAAAAUGCUGGCCCGCGGCCAGCCCCUCCCCGAAACGCUGCAGCUUGCAGUGCAGGGGAAAAGGACGUUGCCCGGCAUGCAGCAGCCGCAGCCGCAGCCCCAGCCGCCCUCGCAGCCCCAGCCGCAGGCACAGCAGCCGCAGCAGCAGGCCCUUGUUAACUACAACAGACCAUCUGAUGAGAAAACCAAGGCACAACUUGCUCAGGCUUACGCCACCAGUAGGUGGGUCAAUCAGCCAGAUAAGAAUGUCUUUGGACUUAAUGGAUUAAAGAAGUCUAGUCUGGUCAUUAAGGAAAAAUGUGUGCCCCUUUCAGCUCACAUCAGAGGACUGGCCAGGCUGCUGGCUGUUAUUUGCAAGGCAAGGGUUUCAACAGCAAGGCUGCUGCAGAACAAGACCGAGGACUGUGGCAAAGGCCUCUCAGCUCUGCUAAGAGCAUCCACAGACAAUAAUGGGCUGGCUGUGUUCCAACCUUUAGAAGAUGAAGAAAAAGCAGCUAUGCCUCUGAUUUCUCACUUGACCCAUUUGGUCAGACAAAGUAAGCCCAAACACCAAGAGAUGGUUGAAUUUCCGAGACUCCAGGCUCGCAUAGCUCAUAGGAUCCAAGAACUGGAAAAUCUGCCUGGCUCUCUGCCACCAGAUUUACGAACCAAAGCAACUGUGGAGCUGAAAGCGCUUCGCUUACUCAAUUUCCAGCGUCAGCUGAGACAAGAGGUGGUGGCCUGCAUGCGACGAGACACAACCCUGGAGACGGCCCUCAACUCCAAAGCAUACAAACGGAGCAAGCGCCAGACCCUGAGGGAGGCCCGCAUGACGGAGAAACUGGAGAAGCAGCAGAAGAUUGAGCAGGAAAGGAAGCGUCGACAGAAGCACCAGGAGUACCUGAACAGUAUUUUGCAGCAUGCAAAAGAUUUUAAGGAAUACCAUCGGUCUGUGGCCGGGAAGAUCCAGAAGCUGUCCAAAGCAGUGGCAACUUGGCACGCCAACACGGAAAGAGAGCAGAAAAAAGAGACGGAGCGUAUCGAAAAGGAGAGAAUGCGAAGACUGAUGGCUGAAGAUGAAGAGGGCUACAGAAAACUGAUUGAUCAAAAGAAAGACAGGCGUUUAGCUUACCUUUUGCAGCAGACUGAUGAGUAUGUGGCCAACCUGACCAACCUGGUUUGGGAGCACAAGCAAGCCCAGGCCGCCAAAGAGAAGAAGAAGAGGAGGAAGAGGAAGAAGAAGGCCGAAGAGAUUGCCGAGGGAGGAGAGUCUGCCCUGGGACCAGACGGAGAGCCCAUAGAUGAAAGCAGUCAGAUGAGUGACCUCCCUGUCAAAGUGACUCACACAGAAACUGGCAAGGUCCUGUUUGGACCAGAAGCACCCAAAGCAAGUCAGCUGGACGCCUGGUUGGAGAUGAAUCCUGGUUACGAAGUCGCCCCCCGAUCCGACAGUGAAGAGAGUGAUUCUGAUUACGAGGAGGAGGAUGAAGAGGAGGAGUCCAGUCGGCAGGACACGGAAGAGAAAAUACUUCUGGAUCCAAACAGUGAAGAGGUUUCUGAGAAGGAUGCCAAGCAGAUCAUUGAGACAGCGAAGCAAGACGUGGAUGAUGAGUACAGCAUGCAGUACAGUGCCAGGGGCUCCCAGUCCUACUACACGGUGGCCCAUGCCAUCUCGGAGAGGGUGGAGAAGCAGUCCGCCCUCCUCAUCAAUGGGACCCUGAAGCAUUAUCAGCUCCAGGGCCUGGAAUGGAUGGUUUCCCUGUAUAAUAACAAUUUGAACGGGAUCUUAGCUGAUGAAAUGGGGCUAGGAAAGACCAUACAGACCAUUGCCCUCAUCACUUAUCUGAUGGAGCACAAAAGACUCAAUGGCCCCUAUCUCAUCAUUGUUCCCCUUUCGACUCUGUCUAACUGGACAUAUGAAUUUGACAAAUGGGCUCCUUCUGUGGUGAAAAUUUCUUACAAGGGCACCCCUGCCAUGCGUCGUUCCCUUGUCCCCCAGCUGCGGAGUGGCAAAUUCAACGUCCUCUUGACUACUUAUGAGUACAUUAUCAAAGACAAGCACAUUCUUGCAAAGAUUCGGUGGAAAUACAUGAUAGUGGAUGAAGGCCACCGAAUGAAGAAUCACCACUGCAAGCUGACUCAGGUCUUGAACACUCACUAUGUGGCCCCCAGAAGGAUCCUGUUGACCGGGACCCCACUGCAGAAUAAGCUCCCGGAACUCUGGGCCCUCCUUAACUUCCUCCUCCCCACGAUUUUUAAGAGCUGCAGCACGUUUGAACAGUGGUUUAAUGCUCCAUUUGCCAUGACUGGAGAAAGGGUGGACUUGAAUGAAGAAGAAACUAUAUUGAUCAUCAGGCGCCUGCACAAGGUGUUGAGACCAUUUUUAUUGAGGAGGCUGAAGAAAGAAGUUGAAUCCCAGCUGCCAGAAAAAGUUGAAUAUGUGAUCAAGUGUGACAUGUCAGCCCUGCAGAAGAUUCUCUAUCGCCAUAUGCAAGCCAAAGGGAUCCUCCUCACAGAUGGUUCCGAGAAGGAUAAGAAGGGGAAAGGAGGUGCCAAGACACUUAUGAACACUAUUAUGCAGUUGAGGAAAAUCUGCAACCACCCGUAUAUGUUCCAGCACAUCGAGGAAUCCUUUGCUGAACACCUGGGCUAUUCAAAUGGGGUCAUCAAUGGGGCUGAGCUGUAUCGGGCCUCAGGAAAGUUUGAGCUUCUUGAUCGUAUUCUGCCCAAACUGCGAGCUACUAAUCACCGCGUGCUGCUUUUCUGCCAGAUGACCUCGCUCAUGACCAUCAUGGAGGAUUACUUUGCUUUUCGGAACUUCCUCUACCUUCGCCUUGACGGCACCACCAAGUCUGAGGACCGCGCCGCUCUGCUGAAGAAAUUCAACGAACCUGGGUCCCAGUAUUUCAUCUUCUUGCUGAGCACCAGAGCUGGCGGCCUGGGCUUGAACCUUCAGGCAGCUGAUACUGUGGUCAUCUUUGACAGUGACUGGAAUCCUCACCAGGAUCUACAAGCACAAGACCGAGCUCACCGCAUCGGCCAGCAGAACGAGGUCCGGGUGCUGAGGCUGUGCACUGUCAACAGCGUGGAGGAAAAGAUUCUCGCGGCCGCGAAAUACAAGCUGAACGUGGAUCAGAAAGUGAUCCAGGCGGGUAUGUUUGAUCAGAAGUCUUCAAGCCACGAGCGGAGGGCAUUCCUGCAGGCCAUCCUGGAGCACGAAGAGGAAAACGAGGAAGAAGAUGAAGUGCCCGACGAUGAGACCCUGAACCAAAUGAUUGCUCGACGAGAGGAAGAAUUUGAUCUUUUUAUGCGCAUGGACAUGGACCGACGGAGGGAAGAUGCCAGGAACCCAAAGCGUAAGCCCCGCUUGAUGGAGGAAGAUGAGCUGCCCUCCUGGAUUAUUAAGGAUGAUGCUGAAGUUGAACGGCUCACAUGUGAGGAAGAGGAGGAGAAAAUAUUUGGUAGGGGUUCUCGCCAGCGCCGGGACGUGGACUACAGCGACGCCCUCACGGAGAAGCAGUGGCUGAGGGCCAUCGAAGACGGCAAUUUGGAAGAAAUGGAAGAGGAGGUACGGCUCAAGAAGCGGAAAAGACGAAGAAAUGUGGAUAAAGAUCCCGCCAAAGAAGACGUGGAAAAAGCUAAGAAGAGAAGAGGCCGCCCUCCAGCUGAGAAACUAUCCCCCAAUCCCCCCAAACUGACCAAGCAGAUGAACGCAAUCAUCGAUACCGUAAUAAACUACAAAGACAGGUGUAACGUGGAGAAGGUGCCCGGUAAUUCUCAGUUGGAAAUAGAAGGAAACAGUUCAGGGCGGCAGCUCAGUGAAGUCUUCAUUCAGUUACCUUCAAGAAAAGAGUUACCAGAAUACUAUGAAUUAAUUAGGAAGCCGGUGGAUUUCAAAAAAAUAAAGGAGAGGAUUCGUAAUCACAAAUACCGGAGCCUGGGUGACCUGGAGAAAGAUGUCAUGCUUCUCUGUCACAACGCUCAGACGUUCAACUUGGAGGGAUCUCAGAUCUAUGAAGACUCGAUCGUCUUACAGUCUGUGUUUAAGAGCGCUCGGCAGAAAAUUGCCAAAGAGGAAGAGAGUGAGGACGACAGCAACGAGGAGGAGGAGGAGGAAGAUGAAGAGGAGUCCGAGUCAGAGGCAAAAUCCGUCAAGGUGAAAAUCAAGCUCAAUAAAAAAGACGAGAAAGGCCGGGACAAAGGCAAAGGCAAGAAAAGGCCGAAUCGAGGAAAAGCCAAGCCCGUAGUGAGUGAUUUCGACAGCGAUGAGGAGCAGGAGGAAAACGAACAGUCAGAAGCAAGCGGGACUGACGAUGAGUGAGGAGUACGGGCCUUUUUUUCCUCGGUAGAACUGAGUUCCUUCGUCCCCUCUCUCAUUUCUGCCCAGUGAGUUCAUUUGUCCUAUGGGCCCUGGGUUGUUUCUAUAGCAUCUUCAUCUAUAAACUAGCUUUAGGAUAGUGCCAGACAAACAUAUGAUAUCAUGGUGUAAAAACACACACACACACACACACACACACACAAAUAUUUGUAACAUAUUGUGACCAAAUGGGCCUCAAAGAUUCAAAGAUUAAAACAAACAAACAAAGCUUUUGAUGGAAAAUAUGUGGGUGGAUAGUAUAUUUCUAUGGGUGGGUCUCAUUUGGUAACGGUUUGAUUGUGCCUGGUUUUACCACCUGUCCAGAUGAGAAGAUUUUUUUGUCUUUUUGUAGCACUGAUAACCAGGAGAAGCCAUUAAAAGCCACUGGUUAUUUUAUUUUUCAUCAGGCAAUUUUCAGAGUUUUUAUUUGUUCGGUAUUGUUUUUUUUUGUUUGUUUACACUGUGGUACAUAUAAGCAACUUUAAUAGGUGAUAAGUGUACAGUAAUUAGACUUCACCUGCAUAGACAUUUUUCCAUUUUAUGCUCUAUGAUCUGAAAAAAAAAAUGCUUUUUGAACUGUAUACGAUUUAUGUCUACUGUAAACAUUGCUGAAUUUUUUUUUUUUUGCUCUUGAUUUCAAAAAAAAGUUUUGUUGAAAACGCUAUUGAAUAUUGCAAUCUCUCUAGUGUAUUGGAUGGCUUCCUUUGUCAGCCCGAUCUGCUAUGUUACUGAUGUGUAUCGUCUCCUUCUCCCUAAAGUGUACUUAAUCUUUGCUUUCUUUGCACAAUGUC